AUGGCCUUGGAUACUUCUGCAUUGGUGGUUCAUAUAAUGGAUGUUACAGUGAUAAGAUUGUCUAAGAUGGUUCAUUAUUUAUACUAUGAAGUGCCAGUUGGCUGGGUGAUAGAAAUCGGAAGUGAUGCACUAAAAUGGUCAUCUCGUGAACUGAGGAAACAUGGUCGUCAAAUGGGGUUGACAUUACUUGCUCAUGAAUCUUUGCCAUUGAAGUUUUGGGACCAUGUCUUCCUUGCUGCUGGCUAUCUCAUUAAUAGACUUCCAAUUGCAGCUCUGAAUUUUCAUGUUCUCAUUGCCAAGGCUUUUGCUGUUCCCCUCUCUUGCCAAAUUCCUCUUGUAGCUUCUCCUAAGGCUCCCUCUAUUGUUCCCUCCUUCUCUGCAUUCUCUCCUUCUGUUUCCGUUCCCACUUCUUCUACUGCCUCUGUAUCUCCUUCAAAUUCUUCUCCAAUUUCUGUCACUCUUGCUGUUCAGAAUCCUGAUUCUCCUUUUGUCACCUUCACAUCUUUCUUUCAUUUAACUUCUCCUUCCUCCUCUCCUUGUUCUUCUCAAUCUGAAUAUCUUCCCUCUUCUAUUGGCAUUCCUUCCCCCAUUCAUUCUAUUGUUACCAGAUCUAAGGCCCUUACCCGUACUGCUAUGCUGACUCAUAUGGAACUGACUUUGGUUAAACAACCCUUUUUUGGUCCCAACUGUUUCAAGGCUAUGUUAAGAAAGCUUUGUAUGGGCUCAAGCAGCCCUCUAGAGCUUGGUUUGAGAAAUUUGGGCAAACACACCUUACGUCUUGGGUUCAAAUCUAGCAAGUGUGAUCCCUCACUCGUCGUUCUUUGUGUGGCUACUUAUUGCAUCCACAUCUUAGUCUAUGUUGAUGAUAUAACAAUUAAUAGUUCCGAUUCUCAGAUGAUACCUCAACUCAUUUUUAAACUUAAUGCUGGCUUUGCCCUGAAGCAGUUUGGAAACCUUGACUAUUUCCUUGGCUUUGAGGUCAAACCUCUCCUUGGUGGUUCCAUUCUCUUAUCUAAAGUCAAUUACAUUCAAGACUUGCUCUCUAGGGUUAGCAUGGCUGAGGCUAAAGGAAUUUUUACACCUAUGCUUGGAGGAUGCAAACAAUCUAAAAUUGGGGCUGAUUGUGUCUCUGAUCCCCACUUGUACAGGUCUAUUGUUGGGGCUCUGCAGUAUGCUAUUCUAACUAGAUCUGAGAUUGCUUUUAGUGUCAACAAGCCUCUUCCCCUAGUUGCCUUUUCUAAUGCAGAUUGGGCCACAGAUCCCGAUAACCAGAGGUCCACAUCUGGUGCAUGCUUAUUCCUUGGGCCAAACCUCAUCUCUUGGUGGUCCAAGAAGCAGACCCUUGUUGAUAGAUCCGGUACAGAGGCUAGGGAUAGUGGCUGUGGUGGUGCUAUAAUGGUGUUGGAGCUUUGUAGCUCCACUGAUGAGGAUGUUGUUUUAGCAUCGAUUGCAAGGAAAAGGCCUCAACACUAUGAUACUAUUCUCUCAGUUUUGGGGUUUCUAAGGUGCACUUAUUCACCAAUUCUAGAGUCAAGAGAAAGACUGAUAAGGAGCCUACGAGCUAUGAAUGCUGGGGAUGCUGCUGAUCAGGUCAUUCGGCAAGUUGACAAAAUGAUUAAAAAUGGUGAUCGUUUUGCCCGUGAUGCUCGAGUUAGCAAGGAUGAUCAACCAUCAACUCAGUCACCUGUUUCAGGGGAAUUAUUUAGAAAAAGAUCUGGUCCUUCAGAUAAUGAACAACUGGCCAAUGGUCACGAGACCAUCUCUAAGAGGAUUCGAUCUGGUCCUGACCCUCACUUUACUUUACCAGCUCAAAUAAAUGAUUCCGGGGAGGAUCUUAGCUUUGUUAACGGAGUAUCACCUAAUGUUCCUGUCCUGGAUAGUGAACUAACUGCUGUGGAGCAAAUGAUUGCCGUAAUUGGUGCAUUGCUUGCUGAAGGUGAAAGAGGUGCCGAAUCUCUUGAAAUCCUUAUUUCUAAGAUUCAUCCUGAUCUGUUGGCUGAUAUUGUCAUAACUAAUAUGAAACACUUGCCUAAGACAACCCCUCCUCUAGCAAGGCUUGGGAAUUCACCAGUAACUCGACAAGUAGGUUCCCAAGUCAGUCAACUGCAGGUUAUAGCAGCAUCUGCUCCAAUAAGUUCUGUCCAAUCUUUGGGUGUUAUUUCCCAAGCACCUUUCCCUUCAACUACAGCCACUGCCACUAGUUCGUCACCAUCUGACACCUCUAGUUUCAGUAAUCUUCCUGCUGAUUCUAAACGUGAUCCACGCCGGGAUCCCCGUCGCCUGGAUCCACGACGAGUAGCAAUUACUCCUGGAGGAGCAGCUGUAUCAAUCACAGAUGAUACUGGGGACACAAAAUUUGAGUUUGAUGAUUCCGUGUCUUUGAUUAAGCCUGUUUCGCAUCCUGUCGCAAACACUGAUGACAAUACUCCAACAGAUCUAAUAGAAAAUGAUGAUAUCAUCUCUGAAGCCCCCUCAGUUUCAGGACCUGAUCGGGUAAAUCCCAAAACAGAGGCUCUAGAAAGGCCUGGGGAUAUUCACCGGAUCAUGGAAACAGAUACUUCUUUAGAUCCCUCUCUCUCUUUGGCUGAUUUAAGAGAUGAGGAUUUGAGUACAGUGAAGCAGUCGGAUGGUACUGAAACAAAUGGGACGGAUUCAUCAUCUAAUUUAGAGUUUGAUCAGUAUUCCUUUGAUGUUCAAGUUGCAUCUUCAUCAGAAGAUACCUUGCUGGAAUUACCACCGCUUCCACCAUAUGUUGAUCUAUCCGAAGAGCAGGAAAGUAGGUUGAAACAUGCGGCUAUUAGGCAUAUAAUUGAGUCAUACAAACAUUGGCAUGGGACAGAUUGUCAGCAGUUUUGCAUGACACUACUUGCUCGACUAGUAGCUCAGAUUGAUGAUGAUAAUGAGUUUAUUGUGAUGCUGCAAAAACUCAUCCUGGAAGACCACUGGAGAAAGGGACAUGAACUUGUUCUGCAUAUUUCGUACCAUCUGUGCUCGCUCAUGAUAUUGGAUUCAGUUGGAAACUCCUCAUCUCCCGCUGUUUUGUAUGAAAAUUUUCUCUUGGGAGUGGCAAAAACUUUAUUGGAUUCUUUUCCAGCUUCAGAUAAGUCUUUUAGUAGACUUCUUGGCGAAGUCCCACUUUUGCCUGAAUCCGCCUUGAAGAUUUUGAACGAUCUCUGCUACUCUGAUGUUAUUGAUCAUGAUGGAAAAGUUAUCCGUGAUAUUGAACGUGUAACUCAAGGCCUUGGUGCUAUCUGGAGUUUAAUUUUGGGGCGUCCACAAAAUCGUCAAGCUUGCUUAGGAAUAGCAUUGCAGUGUGCUGUCCACCAUCAGGAUGAGAUUCGAGCAAAGGCUAUUCGGCUGGUGACAAACAAGCUCUUUCAGCUUAGUUACAUAUCAGAAGAUGUUGAGAAAUUCGCAACAAAAAUGCUUCUUUCUGCUGUAGAUCAUAAAGUUUCAGAUACGGGUCUUUUACAAUCUGGACCUACUGAACCAAGAGCCGAAGCAGAGGUUGAAAGUCAGGAAAUAAGUGGUACAUUACAGGUUUCAGAGUCUACAAUUUUGGAAAAUGACUCUGCAAGAGUUGCUAAACCAAUGGUUCAAAGUGCUCCGUCUAUAUCAUUUUCUGAAGCUCAACGCUUCAUUUCUUUGUUUUUUGCUUUAUGUACAAAGAAACCAAGUCUUCUUCAAAUUGUAUUUAAUGUCUAUGGGCAAGCCCCGAGAACUGUAAAGCAGGCCUUUCAUCGCCAUAUUCCUAUUGUUGUGAGGGCAUUAGGGCAAUCUUAUUCUGAAUUGCUCCAUGUCAUAUCUGAUCCUCCACAAGGAAGUGAAAAUCUUCUCACACUGGUACUGCAAAUAUUGACUCAAGACACAACACCAUCUUCUGAUUUGAUAUCUACCGUUAAAAGUUUAUAUGAAACUAAAUUUAGAGAUGUUACAAUUCUUGUACCGUUACUGCCAUCGCUUUCCAAAAAGGAGGUUUUACCAAUAUUCCCUCGGCUUGUCGACCUUCCAUUGGAAAAGUUUCAAAGGGCACUUGCUCACAUACUACAGGGUUCAGCUCAUACAGGUCCAGCUUUAACACCUGUUGAAGUGUUGGUUGCAAUCCAUGGAAUUGUUCCAGAGAAAGAUGGCCUUGCACUUAAGAAGAUAACAGAUGCUUGCUCGGCUUGUUUUGAGCAACGUACUGUUUUCACACAGCAGGUUCUGGCAAAGGCAUUGAACCAGAUGGUUGAUCAAACUCCAUUGCCUCUGCUUUUCAUGAGAACAGUUAUUCAGGCAAUUGAUGCUUUUCCUGCAUUGGUUGAUUUUGUUAUGGAGAUACUUUCAAAACUUGUCACUAAACAGGUGUGGCGUAUGCCAAAACUUUGGGUUGGUUUCUUAAAAUGUGUAUAUCAAACUCAGCCACGUUCUUUUCAUGUAUUAUUGCAGUUGCCACCUCAGCAACUGGAAAGCGCACUCAACAGGCAUGCUAAUCUCAGAGGUCCUCUUGCUGCUUAUGCUAACCAACCAACUGUAAAAUCUUCACUUACUAGAUCAACUUUUGCCGUUCUUGGUCUUGCAAAUGAAACACAUAUGCAGCAACAUUUGUCAACUUCAUUGCACCCUUCUGACAGUUCAUCAGUUAACGGGGCAACUCUGACAUGAUAGUUAAGUAACUGACAGGAAUUUUGUAACUGGCCCAAUUGAAAAUGUUGUGGAGAUUGGUCAAUUUCCCAGGGUUUUCAGGCAUCCCAGGAGAAGAAGAUACACACGCAAACAGUUUAUAAAUUGACUAAUUAUUUGAACCAGAAUGCAGCUUUUUCAGAAUCUAUUGGACCUUGUCAUUGCAGGGGCAUGCAUCCACAAGUACGAAGUUUGCAUGAAUAGAAGGCUCAUUCUAGUGCUCCAGGAUAUCCACCCAGCCUGCCUCGAGGAAUGUAUCAUAGUUUUUUUAUUUAUUUAUUUUAAUUUUCCAUUGUAAUAUUAUUCAUCCAAUUUUGAUGUUCUAUUCCUGCAUUUUAAUGGGCGUGAAAUAUGGACUAUCCUCCUGUUGGUGUGGUUGCAUAGCCCUCAUUCCCCAAAGGAUGCCAUAAUGUUGAUAAUGCCAAAAUGCAAUUGAGUCUCUAAAAGCUCCUAAGGUCUCGACUCGGAUUGUCAC